GUCAUCAUUCAGCGACCGGGGAGGAGAGGUGGCCUGGGGGCAGGAAGGGGAAGUGACAGAUGACGUGUGAUUUUCCAGGUUGGGCGAGUGGCGGCGAGCUGAGGCACCAUGGUCACUCGCCGCCUCCUGCUGGUUGGGGAAGGGAAUUUCUCCUACGCCGCUGCCCUGUGCGAGGUUCUAGAGCCCGGCACUAGUCUUAUAGCCUCCUGCCCCCAAGGACCCACGGCCCUGGCGGGGGAUCCAGUAUUCCAGGAGAACCUACGGCGCCUACGCGAGCGAGGUGCUGAAGUACGAUUUGGGGUGGAUUGCACCCAGCUGGCAAAUGCUUUUGCAGUGGAUGGCUGGAAGUUUGAUCGAAUUUAUUUCAACUUCCCCCAUUGCGGAAGGAAAGCUGGAGUAGCUAAGAACAGGGAGCUGCUUGCUAGAUUUUUUCAGAGCUGUGCUGAUGUCCUUGCAGAGAGAGGGGAGGUCCAUGUGGCACUGUGCAGGGGACAAGGUGGAACUCCUGCUGAUUGUCCCAGGAGAGAAUGGCACAAUAGUUGGCAAGUAGUAGCAAUGGCAGCUAGAGGAGGACUCAUCUUGAGCAAUGUUCAUCCUUUCAACUCUGAGGCUUUGCCAGGAUACAAGUGCACUGGGUACAGGAGUCAGAACAAAUCUUUUCAUGUUGAAGGUGCUUUGAAUCACAUCUUUACUCGGAGCUUACCUUUUAAAGAAUCUCAGCCCAUGAUCUGCAGAGUCAGACUGGAUGACCAUUGGCUUUCCUUUCCUGUACCAGAAGUACUAGUAGGAAAGAUAAACAGGAGUUUCCUUGAAACCAAUUCAAGCCAUCCUGUCAGGAUCAUAAAUGAAAAACUGAUUGCUGAGCUGGGUAAAAUGUUUUCACUUCGAAGGCUGAAAUGCCCCACUCUUCUGCUUCCAGAGAAAAGCUAUUGUAAUCACUUUGCCUGGAGCUCUGACUCUUUAUCAGCUCCAUUUUGGAUCAUUCCCCAAAAAGAGAAAAUUCUGCAUUCUGACUUGUCUGCUGGUGAAAUGAAAUGUGAUAUGGAGGAGUUUCUGGUGUCAUUUUCAAGGCUUCAUCUUCAGAAACAUCUAGAGUGGAACAGGGAACAAGAGAGCCAGACGAGAAUUGAAAGCCCAACAAAGUUUUCUCUCAGACCUUCCCUCUUAGUUUAUGCACAAGAUGUCAUCGAAGGACUCGACUUCCUCCCAGGGUCUCUGCAUAUCCUCAGUGGUCCUGUUUUUAGGAAAUGUCUUGUUUCACCUUUCAUGCUGCCAGCAUUUCAUGAGACUUUAUUUGUUUAUGGGUUUAAUAAAAAAGCAAGGGAUUCUUGUCUUCACUUAUUCCUGGAAAACCUGAAAUGCUCUUUACAUGACCUUCUGACUCAGAGAUUGCCAGAUGGCCCUGAACUGAGCAGCUCUUUGACAUUUAAGCCUCAGAAAAACAAAAAAGAUUAUGUGAUUUGCGUGAAGCCUCGCAAUUUUGGUCCAGAUGAAAUUGUGGGUUUGGUUAUUGGAUCUGUCAUAACAUCUGCUACAAGCCAGCUAUACAAAGACCUGGAUUUUGUAUUUGCAUCUGUGAACUUGGACCUUUUAGUCAUGCUGGUUUGGGGGAUCCCUGACUGGAGAAUUUUGUGGACCUUUGACCAACGUUUUCUGGAUCAUUUUGUCCCUGGGAAAGUAGAACCCUUUAAGACUUUUUCCCUCUAUCCUCCAUCUUAUGUUCAUGAUGUUAGCUUUUGGCUAGAUGAGGAAAGAAGAUUUGAUGAAGUGGAAUUUCAUACUGUGGCUCGAGCUGUAUCUCAGGAUAUGAUCACAUCCAUACGGCUCCUUAAUCGCUUCCAGCACCCACAAACUGGGCAGAUAAGCCUUUGCUAUAGACUGACUUACCAGACUUGUGACAGAGCUCUAAGUCACCAGCAGGCAAUAAUGAUUCAAAACAAGUUCAGGACUGAGAUACAGCAAUGUCUACAUGUGACAGUAAGAUAGCCUUGUGGAAUUAUGUCAUUUUUCUUCAAGCAUUGGCAUGAUUAAAA